AUGAGUGUAUGGAAGGGGAGGGAUGGGGGUAGUGAGGUUGGGGGGGGGUUGGGGGAGGGGGAAAUGGGUCUGACGUCCGAGGGCAUCUAUCGAAAGAGCGGCGUCAACUCUCGAGUAUCAGCACUUUUAUUUAAAUUCCGAUCCAACGCACGGAGCAUUUGUCUGCGGGAAGAAGACAACGUGGUGGACGACGUCUCCAAUGCGCUCAAAAGAUUCUUCAGGGAGUUAGAAGAAGGUCUGUUCACCCAAGAGGAGAGCAAGAGCUGGCUCCAGGCAUCCUCCAUCCAGGACAAAGAUGCCAAAAUCUCUCAGUAUCAGCUGUUACUAGCCCGACUCCCGCGGGUCAACAAGGCCACUCUGGAGGCGCUCAUAAACCACUUGUACUGUGUUCAAUGUCAUGCUCUCAAUAACCAGAUGAAUAUCCAUAACUUGGCCAUCGUUUUUGGCCCCACACUUUUCCAGACGGACGGGAAAGACUACACUGCAGGACAAGUAGUAGAGGACCUGAUUGAACACUACACAGUCAUCUUUGAGGUGAAUCCGACACAGAUCGACAAACAGCUUAAGGAAAUCGAGGUGAUUAUUCGUCUGCGGGAAACGCUCAAUAACAAGUCGACAGGCAACACUCAAGGAGGACACAUCAUCUGUACUGUUUAUCUUGAAGAACGUUGUCUCACAGAACAUCACGUUAAGAUUCCCGGCUCAAUGACAGCAGCUGAAUUGACGUGGGAAGUUUUAGAUAUACGCAAAAUCCCAGCAAAGGACAAGGACUAUUGGAGCUGCUGGGAAAUCAAUGAGAAAGAGGAAAUGGAACGUCCUCUACACUAUAGCGAGCGUGUCUUGCCCAUUCUUCACUCUUUUGGUACCGACUCCAAACUACUCAUCAAGAAAAACGUCGCCAUGGAGACGAUGAUUUCCUAUCUGGCCGGGAGACCAGAUUCCUCUAAACACGGCAAGAUGAAGUUCAGGGACGGGAAAAACAUUCCAGGACUCGGCCUGUUCUCGUCAGGGUUUCACGAGAAGUAUUUCACACUCGCUGCCAACUCUUUGAGGAUGUACAAGGAAGUGACGAGUAAUCGACCGGACCAAGAGUGGGCCGUCAAAAACCUCACCGUCUACCUGGGCAUUAAGAAGAGACUGCGGCCCGCCACUUGCUGGGGGCUCACACUAGUUUGUGAAAGUAAAAAGGAGAAGCACGAAAAACAGCAGUGUUGUUGUGUGCGACGUCGGUUGGUGUGUGUGACGUCAGUUUGUGUGUUUGACGUCAGUUGGUGUGUGUGCCGUCAGUUGGUGUGUGUGACGUCAGUUGGUGUGUGUGACGUCAGUUGGUGUGUGUGA